AUGCACGUCACCACCACAUCGCUCGAGUAUGAGUUCAGUCUGGAGAACUGGGUGCUAGCUGGUCUGCAGAGCGGCUUGUCCAGCCAGCCUUGCCCUAAGCCCCCCUUCUCCUCAUCGGGCCAGCAGCCAUCUUGUCCUCCAUACUGGAUGAUGUUCAGCAGCCCUCAGCAGAGCCGACUGGCCAGUCGUCACUGCUCUGACUUCUGGGAGCCCAACCCUCGCCAGCGCUCCCAUAGCCUCAACCUCAUUGUGCUGCGCUCUAAGACUGCCAUCUCCGACUCUGAAGAGGAGGCAGAGAGCGCCAAGAAGGCCAAGGCCCGUCUGUCAGUGAAAACCGGCUCAGUUGGAAAGAGUCCUGCUAAUCCAGGUCCAAAGAAAGCACAGAAAGCUUUUGUCCCAGACCUCCUGCACCCCCCAGCAUGCCUUAGCAGUCUCCCACACCAGCGGAGGAAGAACCUCCGACAGUGCUCCUUGUCCGGGAUUGACCCUUCCAAAUUUACACACAAAACAGACAGCCAGUCCGAGAAGACCCCAGACACCAGGGCCCCCAACACCAGGGCCCCCAACAUCAGAGCCAAUACAUUGGACAGGCUCCCCAGCAUCAAACAGCCCAACACAACACGGACGUCUUUGAGCCCUGACUCCUGCAUACAGCCUCCUGCAGCCCCCCUGCGCUGUGCUCUCACCUCGUCCUUAGACUCUACAGCAGAGCUUCUGUCUGCUCUGAGCUCAGAGGAGAGAGAGCUGCUGGGAGCUAUCACCGCCCGGGGAUACCCUCUCCGUACCGCCAUCAUCGCCCUGCAGAAAACAGGCCGGCAGACUCCAGACCAG